AGGGAUUGUCCACGCUGGUCAGUACACACAUCAUGUGUCCCUUCUCUCAGUUCCCACUGUCAGUAGGCUAAUGCAUUGUCAGACCUUCAUCCCGGCAACCUCUUGGUUCUUCUUCCGAAGAGCAUGGAUGUGCUCUCAGGAGAGCAACUGUACGAAAAAUAUGGACGACCUCAUCACGAGCCAGUCGUCUGUCUAGAUGAGCGUCCACUUCCCGACGGCGUCCCCGCAAAUGCUGUUGUGCCGAUCUGGUUAGGGAAAGCAAGCGAAUGCGUGUCUCUAGCUGAGGCUCACGUCGUUGUCACUGACUAUGGGGAGUCUUUUAUGCCAGCCACGAGCAUGCGCCAUCAUUCCAACACCCCGUAUACGUUGGUUCCGCCCGAGAUGCACUUCGAACCCGAAGAGUCACUGUCUUUUCCCGGGGAUAUCUGGACGCUUGCGUGCACCAUCUGGACAUUGGUUGGUCAGCGCCCGCUUUUCCAGGGCCUUACAUUUCUUAUUCCCAUGAAGUCGUUAAUGAGUCUGUCUGUCGCUGCUCACUUAUGGUAUUGGUUAAAACUUGCGGUACUGAUAUCCCCAGAAUGUCUUUUCCAGUUCUCGUUCCUUAGACGCUAGAUGCGUCUGAGUCCCAGUUGAUGUCGCAGGCAGUCUCCGGGUCAAAGUAGUAGCUGAAGAUAUCCUCCUCCUCUAGGUCGUUUUCUUCUACCAGGCACUCUGUAAGUAGCUCGCUCAUAUUACUACUUCCAUCAGACGGAAAUACUAUCUUCCCGGGGAAAGUCAGCCGCUGCCAGCUUAACGCCGAUUUCCGAUCGGAAAUGCCACCCGA